AUGAAAUCCAUGCUUCUGACUCUGUUGAGCCUUGUCACAAGUGUGGCAGCUACCGGUCCCCUACCUGUGACCAGAACUGGGUUAGCUGGUAUCGCCGGAUUUACCUUCUACAAUCCGUAUUGUGCUCAUGGCUGUUUCCGAUCCUUCUCACCAUAUAUGCUGCAAUGUUCCACAACGAUCAGCGCCGGAGGAAAAACAACUGCGGACGCAACUGCGCAUAUGCUAGCUCUGUGUCGAGCGUCCGAUUUCCCCUACCUCAGUUCCAUUGCCUGGUGUAUUCACACGUUUUGUCCUGAAAGUGUCCGGGCAUCGACAAUUGAGAAAUUCUGGGAAACACAGAUUACGGGAGAUGUCCAUAUCCUGCCAGCAUGGAGCUACGGUGAGGUCAUGGCGAAUAUCACACAGCCUCCAGCUAUGGUGGCAAUGGGCAAGGACAUGGUAUUAAACAUGACCAUGCUCACCACCUACAAUACCUGGAAAAUCACUCAGGAUACCUUGAUAUACUUCUUCCGCGAGACUGCACAAGAAUCAUAUUAUGGACUUGCGAUUUUGCUGACGGCUUUCGGCCUCCCGAUUGUUUUGACUGGGCUUGGAUACCUGCCCUUCAUGACCAGCGCAUUAGACCGCAUCAAACCCUGGAUCUAUCAGAAUACCUUCGGGACUUACCACGAUCGACCUCUUCCCUUCCUGAUUGGCAACGCACCCACGUUGGGCCAGAGUGGUUACAUUGCGGUGAUUUUUAUACUAAAUAUCGUCUUUCUCACGGUUGGCUACAAGACAUUAUGGCCAAGGGAAGAGAUGCAGUGGUACAAAAAUCACUACCAAGAACUCAUGGCUUAUUGGAUGUGGCGCACUGGUGCUCUAGCAUUUUGUCAGCUACCAGUCUUAUUCCUCUUCUCAAGCAGGAACAACAUCCUGCUGUGGCUCACAAACUGGUCCCACGCAACCUAUAUGCUGCUUCAUCGAUGGAUAGCCCGAUUUUUCCUGCUACAGACCAUUCUGCACUCAAUCCUUUCACUGAUCUUGUAUCAAAAUGACGGCUAUUACUCUUCCACGGUGGACACGCCACUUUGGUAUUGGGGCUGUGUUGGUACUGUAGCGGCCGUCGUCAUUGUGCUCACGAGCUUCCUUAUUAUACGCCAGCGGGCAUACGAGCUGUUCCUGCUCACGCACAUCAUCAUGGCCGUUGUCUGUCUUGUGGGAUGCUGGUAUCAUGUCUGGGCUGACGACGAGGGAGACUUUGGCUACGAGACUUACCUUUACGCAACGUUUGCUGUUUGGGCCUUUGAUCGACUGGCUCGUGUGGGACGUAUGUUGAAGACGGGGGUGAGGCGGGCCACAGUUACUGACAUCAGCCCAACGAUCGCCCGCAUCGAUGUCCCAGGGAUCCGUUGGCGGUCACCAGGGCAUUGUGUCUAUGUAUAUUUCCCGACGCUCCACCCUUUCCGACCGUGGGAGAACCACCCGUUUUCCUUGAUUCCCACAGCACUUAUCACAGGGCAGGCUUACAGCGAUGGAGCUGAGUCCAAGUCUCCUACCGACGUGGAAAAGGACCAUCCCAUCACUGUGAAAUCUCGGUCUGCAGUUGAGCAUGAUGCUUACAAAAACUCAGGCUUAACAUUGUUCGUUCGAAAGAAAGUGGGAAUGACGCGGUCUUUGGAGAUGCGGGAUGGAUUGCUUACGCUACUCGAAGGACCUUAUCCUUGCAAUCCUACCAAGGAUGUCCUACAGAGUGAUCGACUACUGUUAAUUGGUGGCGGUAUAGGCAUCACUGGACUGUUGCCAUUCGUCUGGUGUCAUCCGAAUGUCAAGCUAUUUCAUAGCGUCAAGGUGAACGAUCAGUGCCUCUUGGAUGCCUUGACCGAUGUGUUAGACGCCAUUCGCGAGAAGGAAGUCGUCGUUGGGCGCAGGUUAGACAUCAAUCGGUUGUUGCGAGAUCAAGCAGACCUUGGAUAUUCCAAAAUUGGAAUCAUUGUGUGCGGACCAGCGGGAAUGUGUGACGAUGUCAGGGCCAUCGUUGCUCGGCUCGGCAAGGAGAUGUCAGGUCGCUGCUCUUUCGAACUCGAGAUUGAUGCAUUCGGGUGGUAG